CGCGCGCACCGGUCGCGCCUUUUUCUCUUUUUUUCAGCCCGAGCCGCCGUCGUGUGUGAAUCGGCGCUGCACCCCACUUGUGAGCAAGUCGGCGGCCGGACGGAGCGCGUUGGGGACAAUUCGAACGUGGCGGCUAGGGAAAUGAUCCUCAUGGACGCGGGAGAUGCCGGCAAAGUCCCCAGCAGCUCUGCCAAGGCGGCGACUGCCUCAGGCUCUCGAAGUCCCCAGUGCGCGCGUUGCAGAAACCACUAUCGAAAAGUUGCCGUACGUGGACAUAAGCGGUACUGCCCGUAUAGGAUCUGCGUAUGUUCCAAGUGCAAGCUAAUUGCCGAGAGGCAAGUUGUCAUGGCACGUCAAGUAGCUCUGCGCCGUCAGCAGCAGCAAGAUGAGGCCAGUGGAAGAGCUGUGCUCGAAGAAGUAGAUCUAAAGACUCUGGCGGAGCAGCCACCGCCGCCGGACGUUGUAAGGCCCGGUCCGUCCCUCGCCACUUCGUCAAACUCCGCCUUCAAGUCAAAGGCCCUUUCUAAAGCUGGCUACGGGCUCUUUCAUCUUCUGGAGCUUGAAGGACACGAGUUUCUCCCGGAGCGUACGUGGUGUCUCUACGCAAACGGGGGACUGGCAACGCGAAUGAAGACACGAAAGCGACUAAAAAACGUGACCUCGUUUGUGUGUACCGCUAAUACAAAAAGCCACCUGUGACCUUAGAAAAGGAACGCGGCUUUGUGAAACGGUGGUGUUCUCCGCUUGCGCUGUUUCGGUUUCGCUAUGUCUACCAACGUCAUGAUUACGUCACGGCGACGUUUCUUCGAUAGAGGUCUAUUUGCUAGCAAAAUUAGUUAACCACAGACCGACCACUGUCAACACCACCUAGAUAGAGAAAGCCUGCUUACUCGUCGCCAUGACGUAACAAUUAAGAGCCAAUGAGGAUCGUGUUUUCAACGGCCGUAGCCAAUGACGAACGUGCUUUCAGCGGUCGUGGCCGUGAAGACGAACCACCGUCAUCUGCGUGCUGUAAUUGAACGUACCCGCGUACUAAAUGGGAAAACUUUUUGUCUGAAUAUUUAGGUCUGCAGGUUAAAAGUGGGCUGCACUCAUUUGCGGGUUCUUGAAUUCGUCGAGCGGUGAGCCGCAGAUGCAGACGAAUUCUGAGUCUUAACAGAAGGAGGGAGAGGAGGAAAUGAGCAGGCCUCCUGUAUCGUGGUGGCGUUGCCGCUGUGGUGUCACGUAUAGUCACAGUUGUGUCAGGGCGUAAAUACACGCCUCAUUAUUAGCUUUCGAGUUUGAGUUUGAGUUUGAAUGUAAAAAAAAGGGGGAGAAAUUGAAUUCGUCACCCGACGAAUUCUGCUACUCCCAUAAUGAACACCAAAAUAAAUGAAUCCCGCAG